GGCACCGGCUUCCAAUGGCAAAUCAUUUCUGAAGGAUUUUACGAAAGGAAAAACUAGAUUGAAAAUGUACGCGUUAGUCUCAACCAAAAUUCCUGCCAUCUUUCCGAUAAAAGAGUCCGACUCUAUAAAGUGUUGCAGAAGAAAACUCAAAAUCGGGGCAAUGUCAGAUGGCCUUGAGACGGUUGAAGAACGUGGAGGAGACCAAGAUCCAAGCAAAAGAAGUAGUAUUGAGUCCACCUCGACUACUACUUCAUCUGCUACUCCGGCAAUCGAUAAAGUCAUAAAAAAGGUUGUUCAAAAGACUACUACAACUUUUGCGCCUAGGGCUUCCACUGCAACAAAGAAUCCUACAGUACCUGGGACUGCUUUGUACAUUGUUUUUGAAGUUCAAGGUUAUGCCUCAAUGUUGCUUGGUGGGGCACUUUCGUUCAAUUUCAUAUUUCCAUCGAAUGAACCUGACAUAUGGAGAUUGAUGGGGAUGUGUUCCAUUUGGAUCAAGGGAGUGGUUGAUCAUGGCGUGACAGGAAGUACAUUUGACUGUUUGAAGCAGAAGCCAGAUGACUUCUCAAAUGGAUCCAAGGAGCACUGA